AUGCCUCAGUAUCAGACUCCCUUCUAUGGCAGAGAUAGCGGGCAACCCUUUUCCCUCUACCCAUAUGCGCAUUCAUCCAUUGUAAAAGUCCUGGAGAUAUGGAGCGGCUGGGGAUCUGGGGAUGUCACGGGCUAUUGGGUUCUCAAAGGUAUCCGACUGACGUGGUUUUCCGGGGAACAGAAAGGACUCUACAACCAUCCGGCAGAUACAGACAUCUAUUCGAGAUAUGAGUUUGGAAGCAAUGAGAGAUCCAGUUUUAACAUACGAGCGGGGUGGUGCAUCAACAAGUUCGGCUUUCAGACAAGUACUGGAAACCUCUGGGAUGCCGGAGGUGACUCCGGUCAUCUUUACUUAGACAUUGCAAACGGCUCCAUUGUAGGGUUUGAGGGAAGCUCAGUCUGGGAACUCGACUAUCUCAGAAUGAGAUUUAUUUAG